ACACUAAAAACCUCACCCCAACGCCAGAGUAACAAGCACACACCCACUCCUCUCUCCCCAUCCAUUCCCCUGCUUAACAAUGCCUCCCCGGCUUGGCAACAAUGGCUACGAAGACGACGACGACCAGGACCUGCUCGACGAGGGCCGGCGUAGGGCAAGUCGGAUCCUGUCUGGCUUCAUCGACUUUGCCUUCCAAGGCAACGUGCUCGAGAUUGCCUUUGGUUUGAUUCUGGCCUCCAUGUUCACGGCUGUUGUCACGUCGCUGGUCAGCGACAUUCUGCUGCCGCCCAUCUCGGUCAUCCUGCCGCUGAACAAGAACUUGGAGGAAAAGUUCGCUGUCCUGCAGGCGGGACCCAACCAUGACCCUGACACGGGCUACAACACGCUGAAGCAGGCCCAGGAGGACGGCGCCGUCGUCAUGGCGUACGGAUACUUCCUCAACAGGCUCGUUAACUUCGUGGGCGUUGGGUUUUCUCUGUACGGGCUCGCCUCGAUCUACCAGUGCUUUUCCAAGGACCCGAUAAUUAAGCAUACGGUUAAGUGCAAGUACUGCCGGAAGCGGAUUAAUGAGAAGUCUACGCGGUGCAUCAACUGUACCAGUUGGCAAGACGGAAGAGAGGACAGGCCCUACGGCCGUUAGUAGUUGGCACUCCGUGGUGCCUCAUAUUGCAUGGACUGGACCGUACCAAGCCUGCGACGGCGAAGAGCUUCGAAGCUACCGUCCGGGCCUGGAAGGAGAUGAGGGGACGUC